UUUUUUUUCCUCGAGCUGGCUCAGAGAGUCGGCUCGUUCUGGACCUACUGAAGGCGUAGAAGAAGAAGAGCCGCUCUAACCGGAAGUGGUGCCUGGGUGGAAGUCGAGCACGCUGAAUAUCUGAGAACAGAAAGCGUUGUGGGAAUCAUGGCUGAAGAUGAGGGAUUUGUGGUGAGAGUUCGGGGUCUGCCCUGGUCCUGCUCUGUGGAUGAAGUGGCCAGAUUCUUUUCAGAUUGUAAAGUCGCUAAUAAUGGGACGAGCAUCCACUUCACCUACACCCGAGAAGGCAGACCCAGUGGAGAGGCGUUUGUGGAGCUGGAGUCAGAGGAUGACCUAAAGAUUGCUCUCAAAAAAGACAGAGAAACAAUGGGACACAGAUAUGUGGAAGUAUUUAAAUCCAAUAACGUGGAGAUGGACUGGGUUCUUAAGCACACCGGUCCAAAUGGUCCAGAGACAGAAGGAGACGGACUGGUGCGACUGCGUGGCCUGCCUUUCGGCUGUAGCAAGGAGGAGAUUGUCCAGUUCUUCUCGGGGUUGGAAAUCGUGCCAAAUGGGAUAACAUUGCCGGUGGACUACAUGUGGAGGAGUACGGGGGAGGCCUUCGUGCAGUUUGCUUCACAGGAAAUAGCUGAAAAGGCUCUAAAGAAACACAAGGAAAGAAUAGGGCACAGGUACAUUGAGAUCUUCAAGAGCAGCCGUGCUGAAGUGCGCACUCAUUACGAGCCUCCUCGUAAAGGCAUGAGCAUGCAGAGACCCGGCCCGUACGACAGGCCCAGUGGGGGCGGUCGUGGCUAUAACAGCAUGAGCAGAGGAGGUUCCUUCGACAGAACACGACGUGGAGGAUAUGGAGGAGGAAUGUCAGAUGGACACUACCGAGAUGGUGGUUCCAACUUUUCAAGCACAACUGGCCACUGCGUUCACAUGAGAGGGCUGCCAUACCGCGCCACAGAAAACGACAUCUACACUUUCUUCUCUCCUCUGAACCCCGUGCGCGUACACAUCGAGGUGGGUCCAGACGGGCGCGUGACCGGAGAAGCUGAUGUGGAGUUUGCCACACACGAGGACGCUGUGGCUGCCAUGUCCAAGGAUAAGGCCAAUAUGCAGCAUCGCUACGUCGAGCUUUUCCUAAACUCAACAGAAAGGGGCAGUAAUGGUGGAUAUGGAGGCCACAUGGGAGGCAUGGGUAAUCAGUCGUCCUAUGGCCAUGGCGGUCAGAAUAUGGGAGGUGGCUAUGGAGGAGGCUAUAAUAACCAGUCCAGUAUGGGGGGAUACAACGACUACGGUAAGCGUCAACUAUGUAACCAGAACAGCAGUUAUUACGGUGGCAGUCGUGGCUCCAUGGGCAUGAACGGUGGCAUGAGCAUGGGCGGAGGCUGGGGCAUGUGAGAGCUUUCGUGACACAGCCACCAAGGCCAUAAAGAGACAUUUUGGGAAAAGAAACGUGCCAGAAUGGCUAUAGAUUUUGUUCUUUGUGAGGAGUGAGGAAAGGACCGGACCCUUUCCUGUCCCUCCGUUUUUGAGUGUUCACACUGCAAUCAGUGUCUCCAUCCUUGUAUUGUGAAUCUGCCAAAACAGUAGGCUACAGUGGGGUUCAUGCUCUAACCCUUGAGCCAAGUUUAUGCUUGUAAAUAUUAUCAUUCCUGUCUAGUACAGAGGCUGUAGAAUGCCUUCAGCAUAUCUGCUUUGACUGUGGGUUUUUAUAAUGUGAAGAUUGUGAAUUUUUUAAAAAAAAUAAUAAUAAACUGGAAAAAUCUCUUUUGGCCAAAUUUGAUAUAAACCAAGAUCUUUUAAUUUUUGAGUUGUAGGCAUGUCUUCCUUUCCCAUAGUCUGUCACUGAUUUCUCAAAUAAACUUGUUUGUGGUUAUAA